UAAGCUUCAACUUACCGCCAGAAUAGCAGAGAGCCAGCCUGAUUGAUUGGUUGCACAGAUAGAUGUGCAUUAAGUCCUGCUAGCGUGCAGGAUGCUGUGGCUGUUAAGGAGGAAAGAGGAUAGGGUCUAUGUCCUGUGGAGGUGCCUGGAGUGUAGCUGGAGAGGGAAGACUUCAAUAGACCAGUUCAAGACUGGAUAGAACCCAACUUGGACAAAUGCUCUGCACUGCUAGUCACCGAAGCUAGUGUAAUUGGAGAGGUACAUGGAGCAGUUGGGAACUGAGAUCAGCCUUGAAGAUAAUUGUUUACUGAUUCAAGGACGGUGUGUCUUCCAAGUUCUGGGGAACUGAGCAAAAGUUAGGAGAAGAGAAGUAUUGGUUUGGUGCAAGGAACUAGCAAAAGUCAUGUAGAUAGAGCAUUUGUGUAGAAAUAGGAAAUGUAGUUUGGACAAGGAAGGUAAGCCCAGAUCAAGGAGAUUUUUUUUUUUUUUUGAACAUUGCCGAGAAGAGUUUGGACUUUGUAUUGGAGUCAGUGAAAAGACUUGGAGAUUUUUGAGUUAGGUGUGAAAGACAAAAGGAUUCAUUUAUUCAAGGCACUUACGAUGUGCCAGGUUCUGUGCUAGGUUGGAGAUUCAUUGGUGAAGAAGAUCAGAAUGGAAAGAUGUCCGAGAUUAAGAAGAAGAUCCAGUCAGUCCUUCCUGGAGGGGCCUGGAAUCCACCGUACGACACCAGCUACCUGCCCCCUGAACACUCAGAUGUGGUGAUUGUGGGGGGUGGGGUGAUUGGCCUGUCCGUGGCCUAUUGGCUGAAGAGGUUGGAGAAGCCACGAGGUGCCAUUCGGGUGCUGGUGGUGGAACGGGACCACACGUAUUCCCAGGCCUCCACUGCGCUGUCUGUGGGCGGGAUUCGUCAGCAGUUCUCGGUGCCUGAGAACAUCCAGCUCUCCCUCUUUUCAGUUGAGUUUCUGCGGAACAUCAAUGAGUACCUGGCUGUAGUCGAUGACCCUCCCCUGGACAUCCAGUUCAACCCCUCGGGUUAUCUCUUGCUGGCUUCGGAAAAGGGGGCUGCAGUCAUGGAGAGCAACGUGAAGGUGCAGAGGCAGGAAGGAGCCAAAGUCUGUCUGAUGUCUCCUGAGCAGCUUCGGAACAAAUUUCCCUGGAUAAACACAGAGGGUGUGGCGUUGGCAUCUUACGGGAUGGAGUACGAAGGUUGGUUUGACCCCUGGUGUCUGCUCCAGGGGCUUCGGCGGAAGGUCCAGUCCAUGGGGGUCCUCUUCUGCCACGGAGAGGUGACACGUUUUGUCUCUUCGUCUAGCCACACGGAGACCACAAGUGGGGAAGAGGUGACUUUGAAAAGGAUCCAUGAAGUCCAUGUGAAGAUAGACCGCAGCCUGGAGUACCAGCCCGUGGAAUGUGCCCUCGUGAUCAACGCGGCGGGGGCCUGGUCUGGCCAGAUCGCGGAGCUGGCUGGUGUCGGGAAGGGGCCGCCUGGCACCCUGCAGGGCACCAAGCUACCCGUGGAGCGGAGGAAAAGGUAUGUGUACCUGUGGCACUGCCCCCAGGGACCGGGCCUGGAGACCCCAUUCGUCGUAGAUGCCAGUGGAGCCUAUUUCCGCCGAGAAGGACUAGGCAACAACUAUCUGGGCGGCUGUAGCCCCACUGAGGAGGAGGAACCGGACCCAGGGAACCUGGAAGUGGACCAUGAUUUCUUCCAGGACAAGGUGUGGCCCCCUUUGGCCCAGAGGGUACCAGCUUUUGAGACUCUGAAGGUUCGGAGUGCUUGGGCUGGCUAUUACGACUACAACACCUUCGACCAGAAUGGUGUGGUGGGUCCCCACCCACUUGUCGUCAACAUGUACUUUGCCACGGGCUUCAGUGGCCAUGGGCUCCAGCAGGCCCCUGCCGUGGGGCGAGCUGUGGCAGAGAUGGUGCUGGAUGGCCACUUCCAGACUAUCAACCUGAACCCCUUCCACUUCAGCCGCUUUUACUUGGGAGAGAAGGUCCAGGAGCACAACAUCAUCUGAGCCUGUAAGCUCUUCGCUGGGCCCCGCUGCCCCAUCCGUGACCCUUGGCUCACAUUCACAUCCUCCUCACUGUGGCUUCCUCCCCAGCACCAAGCCAGGCUCUCCUCCAUCCUCCUGUCCCCGUGGGGCUGGGCAGGCAGGCCGACUGUAGGCUUUGAGAGGCACUGUGCCUUAGGCCCAGGCCAACAGAAUGAUGGGGUGAGACCCCAGGACUGAUCUCUGGCCCAGGCCAAGGCCGCCCACCAAGGUAGUGCAGCUGGGUGGAAUACCUGAGCACGUGCCCCAAGACUGGCGUCUUUCUGGUACUGACCCAGAAAGAUUGCCUCUGCCUGUCUUUGGCAGGCUCCAGCAGAGCUCAGGCAGGGGGCAUUGCAGGGCAGCCUGGCCCAGAUUUAGUGAUUGUUUACCUUUUUCAUCAGUCAAUAAAAUGUGAUUACUUUUUCCA